GCGGACCGUGACAUAGUUACGAUAGGUGGCAGCAUUAUUUUGUUUGUUGCUUCCUUCAUAUUGAGUCGGUUCUCGGUGGAGCUCUGUCGCUCUUUGAAUUCCUAAAGUAAAUCAUACGCUCAGCAAUCUCUCGCCAACUUGGACACCACGCCGGGCCAGACUGCCAUUAGAAGUGCCGAAAGCCGAAAUCCAAGCGACAGCUGAGUGAAGAAAGAAGAAAAAUUCCGUUCCUCCUUUUAGCAGAUUGCGGAAUAUUUGCUCUCCUACCCAUCAUCGUCGUCAUCGCAACCAUCGCGGGUGGCUAGUUUGGCCUAUUAGUGUGCAGGAACGCGUUGACGACGACGACUCAAAAGGGUUACUCGCACGUCAUACUAGUGUAUUUUUUUCGUCGUGGAAGUUGUGUGUAGUGUAGUGUGAGCCGGUGGCGGAGUGGAGAAAUCGUGACACGGCUGUGUCUUUCAACGCGUGUUAGUGUAAUUUGGAAAGUGACGAAAAUAGAACCGAUCUGUCGUCUGCUUAGAAGAAGAAGUGUCUGUGAUUGAUACCACCAGCGCAGUGUCUCGAGACGAGUAGAGAUAUAGGAGAGACGGAGGAGUGAGCCGAAUAUCUGGUUCAGAACAGCUGGCGGAGUUAGCAGAAAAGAACCCGAGGAUUCUACUUCUUGGAAGCGAACGAUGAGCGAAAACAACAACUGGGAUGUGAAAUUAUACAUAGUAACAUGGAACGUGAGCACAAAAUUCCCAGAAAACCUCUCCCUCUACAAGCUGCUUGGGUUGGAAUCGUCGCCCGAGCUGGAAACCGAUCUCCCCGAUUUCUUCGUCAUUGGCCUCCAGGAAGUUAACUCCCAGCCGCAAAACACACUGUACAACCUGUUCAAGGAUGACCUGUGGACGCAAAAGUUCAAAGAACUGCUCAAAGAGCGCGACUAUGUCGUCAUCAAGACAGAACAGAUGCAGGGUCUCCUACUGUCAGUAUUCGCCCGACGGAAACACUUGCUCCAUCUGCGGCAGGUUGAAACCGAGUACACCCGCACCGGGCUAGGGGGGAUUUGGGGUAACAAAGGUGCUGUUAGUGUAAGGUUAAACGUAUACGGCUGUUCGAUUUGCUUGGUCAACGCUCACCUGGCGGCUCACGAUCACAUGCUGGAGGAACGGAUCAACGACUACGAGAAGAUCGUACAGGAACACAAGUUUCACGUCAAGACGAAGGAAGCCAUCUUUGACCAUGACUACGUGUUCUGGUUCGGUGAUCUCAACUUCCGACUGACGGGUGAGGCGACGACCUCUGCCGAGGAGAUUCGUGCCAUGGUGGCCAAAGACGAGUUGAAGAAGCUCAUUGAGAAGGACCAACUGCUGCUAGUUCGGCGAGAAGGUCGAGCCUUCCAGAAGCUGCAAGAACGAGUACCACAAUUCCCGCCAACAUUCAAGUUCGAACACGGUUCCAAUGACUAUGAUAUGAAGCGACGCCCUGCUUGGACUGACCGGAUACUGUACGCCAUGAAGGAGAAUAACUACCGGAACGUGAAACUAACCGUCGAGCAGACGUCCUACAAAAGCCAUCCUAGUUACAACAUCAGCGAUCACAAACCGGUGACGAGCGAAUUCACCAUCAAGGUGAUCCGUAAGCCUCAGUACAGUGGUGAACGGUUCAAGACCAACCACUACCAGCGGCUCAGCUACCGGAUGGCCAUCGCCAACGGUACCGAGUCCUACGCUAGGUUGAACUCGUUUGAUGAUUUGAUUUCCGAUUUGGUUGAUGCCGGACAGGUGUACGAGGAUACGACAGAGAGGACAGUCAUGUUCAAGCCAAUCGAACUGUGGCUGGUGGGUGAACCGAACCAGAUCGAGUACACCAUUCCGUGUGGGUUCGAUGAGGGCAAUGCCGAUUGGAUCGGCAUCUAUCGGGAGGACUUUACCAGCCUAAGUGAAUACCUUGCGUACGAGUAUACCGAAACCUAUAAGGACAAGCAACACCAGAUGAACGAACAACAGCAGCAGCACCAGAAGAAUACCCGAACCGAGAAGUUGACCUUCUCGGAGAACGUCAACCUUCCGCAGGGUGUCCGCUACCAGCUGCUGUACUUCCAAAGCACCGGAUCCCGCGGAGUGACAGGGCUGGUGGGCAUCAGCAACACCUUCGACGUGGAGAAACGCUGCCCAUCGCCGUCAUUCGAUGACAUUGAUUGAUCCGGACAGCGCCAUCGAAGGGCUAGUUUACCCGCUACCGUUGCAAGUUUUCAGCACCCUAGACCGAUGUAAGAAAGAAAAAGCUUAAACCAACCAGCUUCUCGCCUGGCGCACCCGAGUGUGAUAAUCGAUUAGUCACUAAAAUUAGUUGCUAUAAAAUUUCAAAUGAGGGUCUUUCACCUGUCUGUCGGUUCCCGUAUUUUCGGGAGCUAACUACCCAACAAGUGAGGCCUUAGAGCGUGAUUCUAGAGCACCCAUCCAAGGAUAUUCGGAACGAAACUUAGCGAGCGUAAAAUUUAUCUUAGUAGAUUCCCAGAACGUGGGAAGCCAUAAACAAAUUUAGGUGAGGUGUGUGCAAUCGCUAAAAUCACUAUAAUUAUAGCCAGCGGUAUAUUAAUACUACGCUGUUUUAGGAAUACAAAAAAAUAGCACUUGUUUUCAGUUAUAAGGUUUUUGGCAUACAUAACUUAAAUACCAAAUAUCAAAAAACACACCUGUACUAUCUAUACCCUUGGAAGCCCCAAACAAAAUGCCAAAAUAUGGUUUAAAAAAGUAACCCCGGAAGGAUCCGGGAAAGAACCAAUUUAUAGACACAUCUGUUGGUUGUUGUUUCGUUAAGCAUUUAGUUUUAAUUUCUAGACCACCUACGAAACGCUGUUAACGCGAUGCAUUCUACCUGCACCGUGUGUACAGCGCCUUAGACUUUCCUAUUAUUAUUUCCCCAUCCAAAUAGCAUUCUCAUGUAGGAGAAUCAUUUGUUUACUGUAAGUGAAAAUGACACUUUUGUUGAAUUUGUUCGUUCCAGAAAUAAAUACAUUUAAAUAAAUACAAUCGUACUUGUUCUACGUUUUUGACUUGCACUUUAAAAACUCAAUUACGCAAAGCAAAAUACCACAUAUUCAAAUUCAGCAGCGGCCGAAACAUACAUAGCUAGAAUACAUCAAUAGCAGUUGACACUUCUUUCACUACCUUCCUGAAACAGAUAAUCCAUUUCAACGAAAUAAAGUGCAUUUGCAAGAAUGUUAUGCGAAAGGGA